AUGGCGCUCUCAUCUCCACCAAUUCCAACAGACUUCAGUGCACUUGCUGAUAUUCCCGUCCACACGGACCUGCACCCAUCCACCCAUCCACCCACAGAGAGCCUCAUUAACCUGGCCACCCACCCAAUUAGGUGCCAGAUGGCGCUUCUAGCCAAUCAAAUCAUGGACGCGAGGAUCCUUAGCAGUAUGAAUGGGAGAGUAGAGCUUUCCCAGUUCUUGAGGGUCCCCAACCAGAGCAUUGUGCCCCAGGUGAACUCCACCCAGGAAGACAACCGCAAGAACCGGAAGUACCCGUGCCCAUUGUGUGGAAAGCGUUUUCGCUUCAACAGCAUCCUGUCUCUUCACAUGCGCACGCACACAGGCGAGAAGCCCUUCAAGUGCCCUUAUUGUGACCACAGGGCUGCGCAGAAGGGCAAUCUGAAGAUACACCUCCGCACUCACAAGCAAGGCAUCCUGGGCAAAGGCCGUGGGCGAAUAAGAGAGGAGAAUAGGUUGCUUCAUGAGCUUGAGGAGAGGGCUAUAUUAAGGGACAGGCAAAUGAGAGCAGGCCACAUCGGCCAUCAGCAAACAUCAAAUAUAACCCAACUUCAAAAGCAUCAGCUGCCACAGACUGCCUCCUCACAACCCCAGUUCUCCUUAACCCCCUCUGGCGCUAUGGAGAGCCUGUCACAUACAUCCACAUCCCCGAAGGUGACUGCCAUCCAUGAUGAGCCCAUCCAGCCGCCGCCCACAGGUUUCCGCUGCUCAUUUUGUAAGGGCAAGUUCAGGAAGCAGCAGGAGCUUGAGCGCCACAUCAGGAUUCUGCACAAACCCUAUAAAUGCACCUUGUGUGAAUUUGCUGCCUCGCAUGAGGAGGAGCUCAUCGGGCACGUGGAGACGGCCCAUAUAACAGCAGAUUCAGGGGCAGGACAGAAGCCUUCCAUGGGCGGCAGCGAUAAGGGGAAGCCUACUGGCGAGUUCCCCUGUGAGGUGUGUGGUCAGACCUUCAGCCAGGCCUGGUUCCUCAAGGGCCACAUGAGGAAGCACAAGGACUCCUUUGAACACUGCUGCCAAAUCUGCGGACGUCGUUUCAAAGAGCCCUGGUUUCUCAAGAACCACAUGAAGGUCCACCUCAAUAAGCUGGCUGCUAAGAGUAAACUCCCUGCCGAGCAUGAAGCAUCUGUUAACAUGACAAACCUAACACAAGACCCCCAGACCAACCUCUACUCCCAGUACAUCUCCAGCUUACACAACAGGUUCCUCACGGCCGAGAGAGCCAGCCAGCCAGACUACAACCAGAUCCUGGCCACAGCAGGCAUCGAGAUGAAGGUCCGGGAGAUGUUGGGGAGGAUGAUUUCCUCAGGCCCGGCCCCUUUGAAUGAUGGAGAGAACUCUCCUCUAAUGGGUUUGAAUCAUCUCCACCCUCCACUGAGCUCAAACGGUAUGGAAUACCUACAGAAAGCAAUCGCCGACAGAGAUACGCUCAACAGCGGUGGCUUCCCAGGUUGGCAGAUCAUGACACCAGGACUGGCUGUUGAACAACAAAUAUUCAGCCCUAAAGACCAACAGCCGUGUUCCUACCGGGAUGAGAGAUGUCUGUCUGUAGAUGAUGGGAAAGUGUGUCUUGGUGACCCAGACACCAAAGUGAUCAGCAGGCCCAGCAGCCCAGGCAGCCUGAGUCAUCAUGGGCCAACAGAGAUCAUUGCAGAAACAGGGUCCUCCCACUCUGGCAGCAGCCAGGACAACUGCCCACAGUCCUCUUCCCCAGCUACAGGUGAGAAAGUCUACAGGUGUCCACUCUCCAGUGACUACACCGGUACACAGCCAACCUCCCUCAGUUUCCAUCUGGAUCGUUACCACUUCCCCCACUGGCAGAGCAGCAGGGAUAUUUCUUCCCCUCUGCAGCCCACUAGCACCAGCUCCAGCCCUAAUUCCAACCCCAAGAUCAGGCCCCGAUCCAGGGAAAACUGGAGCCCAGCUGCAGGCCACUACCUCGGCCUGGACAGCCACGAUGAAAAUGCCUUGCUCAUGAACAAGAAGUCUGAUCUCACUGACAAAGAUUCAGGCAGAGACAAUGCUCUACCCGGUCAACCCAGGAAAUCCCAGUAUGAGCCCUUGGAUUUGUCAGUGAGACCAGAGUCGGUCACCUCUCAUGCAGACAUGUCUCCUGGUGUACUGGUGCAGAUGUCUGGUGUUUUUAGUAAUGGACAUUCCUCCUCCAUUACUCGCAGGCUGCAGAGUUACUGUAAUGCCAUGGCUGAACUCAAUGUGAAAUCCACAUAUCAGUCUGACCUGUUGGUGCCGGGAAAAAAAGAGGAGAUCACACAGAAUGCAGAGUAUGGGAGGCUGGUAAAUCACAACUCUGCCGGUCACGAUGAUGAAGGUGCUUUUACGAAAUCAGUGUCUGACCAAGAGAGGGAAGAAGAAAAUGGCGAUGCCACCAAGUGGAAGAUGCAGAAUAACAACACUGAGCCAGAAGAGCCAGGGCAGGUGAGCGAGAAGCCCGAGAAGCCGGGGCAGUGGAGCCGAGCCGUGGCUGAGUCUCCCAUCUCCUCCCUGGAGAACUUGACACCGGGGCAGGGCCAUCCGCUCCUGCACCAGGGGAACCUGCUCUCCUUCCUCAGAUCCCCUGGUAGCUUAAGCAACAUGCCUGCCAGCGCACACAAAGCCAGUCUGAACGGCGUGGGGACCAUGGAGAAAGAAAGUGCAUCAGCUCGGAAGCCAUUCCAGUGCAGGUACUGCCCCUACAGCGCGUCCCAGAAGGGCAACCUGAAAACCCACGUGCUGUGUGUCCACCGCAAACCUUUUGACAACAGCCUGUACCCCGACCGCCGCCUCCGCCGCUCACACACGCCCCAGAGGGCCUCGGGACUGCCUCCGAGCGCCGCGGGAGACACCGGUGCGCCAGGGAGAGACCAGAUCAGCGUGACAUCACUAUGUGGGACUUGAUGUUGUCAUGGCAACAGCAGAUACAGACAGUUAUGAAUAUUGUUUUAGCUUCACCUCAGAGGGGAACGGGGGGGGGUUAGGAUGACUGAGAUUCUAAAAAAGACAGAGAGAGAGGAAGAGAGAGAGAGAGAGAGAGAAAAAAAAGUUAAUAAAAACCUUGAUGUACAUUCCAGUGUUUACUUGAAGAGACACAGUAUGUAUUUAUCCGUAGCAACGAAGCUGCCUAUAAUAAAGUUCAUUGUGAUGUGAAAGUGCA